AUGGAUAAAGCACAUCCAUUGAGUAGUCUGAUGAUUGUGAGAUCUCUUGAUAUUAAUAAAGAUCCAUAUCGACCUCUUGAAAAUGAAGGUGAACUUGUUGGUGCUGAAAUACCAUAUCUUAGUGCAAUUGGUGCAUUAACAUAUCUUGCUAAUAAUUCUAGACCAGAUAUAGCGUUCUCGGUAUGUUUGUUAGCAAGUAAUAAUAAUGAUCAAGUUGAAGGGCAAGUCUCUUAUGGUUUCUAUGAUAAAGUUUGUCCACAAGUGGAAAACAUUGUUAGAGAUGGUGUUCAAUCUAUGUCUCUCACUGAUCCUACUACUCCUUCUGCUCUCUUAAGACUUAUGUUUCAUGAUUGCCAAGUUCAGGGGUGCGAUGGUUCGAUUCUGGUGGAUUUGGAGAGCAAUUCAUAUUACAAAUCAGAGAUGAGAUCAAGCAGAAACUUGGGAAUCAGAAAGAGAGAAGUAGUGAAUUUGCUUAAAUCUGUUGUAGAAGCCCAAUGCCCGCAACAAGUAUCGUGUGCUGACAUUCUCAUUUUGGCUGCCCGUGAAGCUAUUUCUGUUUCUGGUGGUCCAAGAAUUGAUGUUCCUUUGGGCCGCAGAGAUUCUUCCAAUCCACCAAAUUCAUCGUUAGCAGAUUCCUCACUUCCUCCCUCAAACUUGGGAGUCAAUGACAUGCUUCAACUUUUUGCCCAAAAAGGACUCUCACUUGAAGAAUCUGUUGCCAUCAAUGGGGCACACACACUAGGAAUAACACACUGCUUAAGCAUCGAAAGCAGGCUCUAUGAUGAAUCAAAGAAUGAUGAACCCAAUGAACAUGAGUUUGAGUUGUACUUGAAAUUGAGUUGUCCAAAAGGCUCUUUAACCUCAAACGUUAGCUUUGUGCUAAAUGAACCUACAACACUCACCUUUGACAAUCACUACUUCAUCAAUGCCAUCAAUGGCCGUGGAGUUCUCAGGAUCGACGCUGAAAUCCCUUUUCAUCCUCUUACGGCUCCCUAUGUACAGCGUUUUGCAGCUGAUCAAGAUGCAUUUUUUAAGGCUUUCUCCUCUGCUUUUGUAAAGCUUUCUACUUAUGGGGUUCGCACUGGUUCUCAAGGCAUGAUUAGAAGACAUUGUAAUGCGUUGAGUUGA